GAAUGAAGAGCCGUGUUAUUCAGUUACCGUGGCUGAGAGGGAAUGGGACAAUUCGUCGUGGUUAGGGGGGCAUGGUUGUGUUCCAUGGCCUCUUGCUCGAGCCUCGACCGUUGUGUGGCACACCCUCGAAGUCGACUCUGAUUUGCAUGGCCUUUCCGUCCUCGCUUGCCAUUCUCGAUGUGAUCGUAUUCUUAGUCUUGUUGCCCUCACUCUGGCGAGCUUUCCCUUGCUGUGAACGGAGGCCCGUUGCUCCAGAUAUCGAGUUUUUCCAGGCUUUCGUUUCGAUUGCUGGUCAGGUGCCUAGAUGUGCUGUUCCUGAUCAAUUCUGAGGGGAUCUAGAGAUUCUUUCGUGUGAGAAAACGUUCAGUAGGAGCGAGACUUGGGUGGAGAGUUAGUUUUAAAUUUGAGAUGAAUUUCAAGAUUUCUUUGGGAGAGUGGAUUCAGUUGUAGAGACAAAGAGGCGAUUGCACGCGGUGGGAAUUCAGAGGAGGAAAGUGAUUGAAGAGAGUGUGAGACUGAGCUGUGCUAUUGUUUUUGAAGUUUUUCUUUCAAGAAUUUUAAUAGUGGUGGCUCUGGAUUUCAACUAUUUGAUUUUUGUUUGCAUGUUUGCUUUUUGGAUCGUUUCUUUUUUCCGACGGAUUACUAACUCGUUGUUCAGAGUUGUCGUUUUGGUCGUCAGUUAGUGGAGUAGUUUUGGAGCUUGUGGAGGUACGGUACGAGGUAGUAAGGGAACGUGUUGUUGAAUGCCUGCCGUGUUCAUGCUAUGAACAUUCUUGUUGCGUGUGCUCAGUGGACUUUAAUUCAGUCAUCUGCUUAUAUUCAGGGAUUGAAUGGAGGAAAGAUUGCACCUCUUGGCAUUAUAUGGAUCAUUUCUUUACCUCUGCAUGCAAUAUAUCUCCACGCCCGGUCCCACUCGUAUAAGUUGCUUGCAAAUGUUAGCCUUCACGGCGCUGAUAACUAUAUUGAUAGUUGUAGAACGACUCUGAUAUAGAUGUUCACUGAUUCAUUGAUCAUGUCAGCUGAUUUGCAACCGGUUGAUGUACAUUCAGGUACAGGUUGGAUAAGCUUUCAAUCGCUUGAACCAGGUCUUCUGCAUCAUAGAACACGCUUUUAGUUCAACUAUGUAAAUGACAAACUAUGCUCAGUUUUCGCUCUGCCGCAAGGGUGUAAGUAUGAAGUAGCUUGGAAGGAGUUGUGAACUUUAGAGCUUCAAAAUGGCUACUCCUGCAGUGUGUGGAUUGUGCUCCGAUUGAUAGAAAGAGGCAAUAUCCUUUUUUCUUGGUUUGUUGAAUUUGUGGAGGUUGAUCUUGAACCUAGGCCCCAUAGAGGAGUCUUCUCAUGGUACCACACAGCCGAGAAUGAAUACCAAACUUUGACUUCAUUGAAUACACGUGGAAUAGGUCUGUAUUGAGGUUUUCUCGAACAACCAAUUUUCAUUGUUUAUGUUAAGGUGCAGGAGAUGGAGUAAGGUAAUCUAAUGCUGAAAUUCCUGAUCUGAAUUUGCUGAAGACAUUCAGUUUUCUCAGCACACGGUGUACACAUCAGAUGUGAAUAGAGGAGUCACUGAUGGGAUAUUAUUCCAAGCACGAUGUAUGAAAUCAUGUCAGAAGAUAUUUUGUUGCGGUAUCACUGAUCAAAUAUGAUCCAGCUUGGAAUUCUUUUCCCAGAGGAGAUUUUUUCAUGCGAGACUUCAUGCUAAAGUUGACUCUGUGUAACCUAAAGUCGUUCUUCAACAUUGAGCCUGAGGAUCUGACUCCGUGCCUUUCUCAUAGAAGAGCGACCUCCAUUCUCAGAAGGAAAGCCACUUUCGGCGACUUUGCAGCUCGGACAGUAUUUCUCAGUGACGGAGAACUCCAGAGAAAUCGGAAAACGGAAAACGGAAAACGCUACUCACACGGGCUAACGAAGGACAUAUCACUGAACCAGUUCUUGAUGGGGGUUACCUCUGUGCCAUGAAUGAACUUUUUUUACUGGUGCAGCUCUCAAUCACCACCCUGGUGAAUAUUUCAAGUUAUGUCUGCAAGAACGAAACACAAUAGAUGAGCACUGCAUUGGAGAUAUUAGUGUUUCUCAUUUGAAUUUCGGAGGCAGCAUACAAUGGGGGCUCCAGGUCCACCCGGGGUUUAUGAUCUUCAAAAGUACUCAAGAGGACCAACUCAAAGUCCUCACUCACCUCAAUUGGGUAGCUAUCAACCUUCAUCUCAAGUCAGUUCUUUUCACUAUCAACUACCGUCUCGUGACUCCAACCCACUGGGAAGUAAUCCUCCGAGCAGCUAUCAGCCAAGCUCAUAUGCGUCUUCUAACCUUCAAUGCACGAAUUACACAUAUUUUGGAACACAAAACCAGCAAUCUGGCUCUCCGGUGUGUGACAGUCAGAAGUUCAUGCACAAUGUCCAAGAUCAGGGGCCUCGCACUCAGGCCCCUUAUUCAACUGCUCUCUUUAAUCAACAGCCUGGGUCAUCGUUUCCUCGACUUCCUUCAUCAUCCUUACUUUCCAACCAAGCUCAAUCUUCUCUUCCUAUGUCAUCAUCGUCCUUGUCCUCCCAAUCCAAAUUUUCUCAGACUGGCAUACCAUGUAGUCCAGCUUCUGGUCAUUCAGUGGAAGCAACUCGUCUAAUGGCGCUCCUGACUACUCAGCAGUCUGAAGGUCAAGGAGCGAAUGAAGAUGACGAAAAUUCCUCUGUACCCGGGGCCCAUCAUAGGUCGCCGCGUCUCCCUGUCUCUCCGAGAUAUUCAAAUGUUUCUUUUGGAAUACAGCCAUCUAGUCCUGCAUCUCCUGUGUCUGUAGCGUUGCCUAUAGCAUCACUUGUUACUUCUGCAGCACCAAGACGGUUAGCUUCGAAACCUCUGAAAGGACAACAUCUUCGAGGCGAUCAUAUCAUAUACGAUGUGGAUAUCUGCAAAUCUGGAGAGGCGCAACCACAGUUAAAAGUGAGUCCGAUUACAGUUUACGGCUCAGAUCCAAGUCUGGUACUAGGAAGGCAAAUUGCAGUGAACAAAAAGUUCAUAUGUUAUGGAUUGCGUGGUGGAACUAUUCGCGUGCUCAACAAAAACAACGCACAGAAAAUAUUGCUUCGCGGUCAUACUCAGAGGGUAUCUGACAUAGCUUUCUUCUCAGAGAGCGUGCAUCUACUUGCAAGCGCGGGCGAGGAUGGGAAUAUUUUCGUACGUCAAAUACAUGAAGGAUUAGGGGAGAAUGAAAAGCUAGCUGAGUACAUUCUUUUCGCUAUUCAACUUGUGGGUGAUUGGGAAGCUUGCCAUCCCCGCCUGUGUUGGCAUCCAACUACACAGGACGUCUUCUUUGUUGCCAUUGGAAAAUAUGUCGUCAAGAUUGAUAUAAAUGAGGCAAAGCAAUCUGGAGGGUCUGAGGCGUUUAGCACUGAACAUCCUCUUGUAUGUCGAUUGGGAGAUGCUUGCAAGGGUAUCUCUGUGACUGCACAACAUGAUGAUGUAAUCACUGAUUUUGCUGUCCCUUUUUCAGAUCCCUGUCGUUUAACAUCGGCUUCUAAAGAUGGCACGGUGCGCGUUUGGGAAGAACACAAGCAAUGUCUUUCUAAGUUCACACCGUACAAUGGAAACUCUGUUGAUGCAGUGUCCUAUUUAUUUGCACCACAAAACGGAAAUUUGCAGUUUCUGCUUACUGGGGGGCCUUUAAAUCAAAGUAUAAGACUCUGGAUGCUUGAUGAGAUUUCGUCCAAGACUGGUCAAGGUGUUUGGAAAUGUACUCAGACACUUGAGUUCAAAGUCUCUAGCACCAUCAAGCCAGAGAAGGCCUUCUUCAACCAGAUCGUUGUAGCACCUCGAGCGGGUCUGAUUUUAGUGGCUAAUGCUAAGAGGCAUGCAAUUUAUGCAAUCCAUGUGGGAUUCAGCUCCACCUCCGGUAUUCCUCGGAUGGACUACUUGACUGAAUUUGCUGUCGCGAUACCAAUCCUCAGCCUCACAGUCGCUGAUGAUGCUGCCAUUGAAAGCUGCGAGGGCAACCUCAAAGUGUUUUGUGUCCAGACACAAGCAAUUCAACAAUAUGCUCUUGAUUUGUCACAAUGUCUACCUCCUCCUGUAGAUGAACAGUGUUCGGAGGGCUCUACUCCCAGCACAACUACAAAGAGCUUUAGUGUAACACAGACACAAUGGACCCCAACCUCGACGGCUUUCACUGCACUCGAAAAAGGUCAUCAAAAGCUGACAACCACAACUGGCUCUACAGUAAUAGGAAUCACAAGCAUGUCCUCCGGAAGUGCAAAUCCGGGGAUUCCUCUGAGGCCCACGACCCAACAUUCUGUGGCAGCAGAAGGAAAUAGAGUGACCGAGCGCACAAAUUUGAUCACGGCUGUACCUUUGAAAGACCAUCAAGAUGGGGCAGCGAAACCAACGGGUAUUUUAACUUUUGGAGGAGGAUUGCAGCCAAGUACUAGAUCGAACAUACGACCGGAGGUUACAAGAGAAGGCUACUCAUCCUCGAACAAUGCAAAACCACCUGCACGGCUAUUACGAAGGCGUUCAAGGUCAAUAAGUCCGGCGAAAGUUACCGACAAGCAGUGUGAAACCAAGUAUACUGCGUUUUCAAACCUGAAAGCUGAGGAAGGGAAAAUGGUGAAGGACAUAUGGCUGGAGAAGGACAGCACAAAGGCACUACCCCCCAUUCCAGCCCUACCUCCAGCAUCAGUUGGGAUGACUCAUAUUUUUUCAAGCAGCCAUUCUGUUGAGGAUGAUAAUCAUGUCAAAGACGAUAAGGAUGCAGUUCAAAGCAGCAGUGUUUUUAAACCAAACGCCUUUCAGCAGCUUCGAAGUCCACAUUUAGUCAGACCUUCUGAGAUCAUGUCUCAUGCGGGAAGGGCCAAAGGAGAAAUGGCCUGUAUUUCAGAUGAAGCCCAAAAUCAAACGGAUGUGAAAGAUUCGCAAGAAGCUACGCAAUCAUGUACUCCAUCCACGGUGAAGAACCUCAGCAGUGGCACUGGUGUUCAGGACAGCGUUGCCGAGUCGUCAGAUAGUUUAUUAUUUGCACGAAGAGAAGAUGCAUUCUGUGCUUCUACGAUAACCUCACAUCUAAGAGCCUUUAAGGAAGACGACGAGGAAGGCACUGAGUUCAUUGAGAAAGACAUAUCAGUCAUUCAGAAUGUUGAGGAUUGUACUACCGAACUCGGGUCGUCCGAGGUUAUGCAUUUAAUAGUCGUGGAUGACGCUCAUACUGAAAAUUUCUUGGAGGAUAAGCUGUGGUCCGCCUCAGAAGUGGAUUCGCAAGAUGAACUAAAAAAUGUGAUUGCUAAGGAACGUGAAGCGGGUGUCUCUGCCACUGCCGCGCAACAUAGGAUUGCAUCUGUGAAAGGGAGGAAGAGUAAGAACAAAACCAAUCUCGCUUCGGCAAGCCUACCUCUAAAUUCUGAUCCCUCCAAACCCUUCUCUGCUCCUGCAACACUUCCAGAGGGUGAAGCGGAAUCAAGACUCAAUUCAGCUUUUUUGGACCUUGGCCUUAUAACUCAAGUUGCUACGAUGCAAGAGUCUCUGAAUCAGUUGAUUGCAAUUCAAAAAGAUUGGCAGAAACAAAUACCGGUGAUGGUUGCAGUUCCAGUUGCCGAGGAAGCCAAACGAUUGGAAGGUGCUUUUGGCCAACAUAUGGAGAAAGUUGUGAAAGCUAAUAUGGAUGCUAUGUUGGCACGGGUUAAUGACGAGAAUGUAAGGAGGGAGAAGCAAGAUAUUGAUAGAGCGCAGCAAGUCUCGACACUUCUAAAUAACCUUUUAGACAAAGAUAUGCCAAUCGCCUUGGAAUGCGGGCUGAAAGAGCUUUCUGGCGUUGGGCCUAAGAUUUCUCAAACUCUGCUUUUACCUCUUCAAAAAUCACUGUUAACAGGAGUAGCUGAAGCUCUUCAGAAGAGUGCAAUCGAGAAAUUUCUACCCCAGUUGGAGAAAACAGCAGUUGCAAAGUUGGAGGCUUCUAUAACCAGACUGCUCAAGAUUCAAUUUCAAACUUCUGGAAGACAAACAUUGCAGGAAGAACUUCGGGCAGGCCUUGAGAACUUAGUGAUUCCAGCAUUUGAACGAUCUUGUGAAGCAAUAUCAGAGCAGCUCGAUACGGCCUUCCAGACGGGUAUGGCCGAGCAUUUUUGUAAUGCUCAGCAGCAAAAGGCUUCGGAGGAUACUCCUCUUGCAAUGACUCUUCAGGAAGUAAUUGGCGGCGCCUCAGUUUUAGCCAAUGUCUUAAGUGAUGACCUAUUAAAUGGCACUGCAAAGCUAUUGGAGCUUAUCGAAACAGUCUGUGCAAAUUUUUCUGGAAAUGACGUGAUUAAUCACAACAAAAGGAGCCUACCUGAGCAGGCGCUUACGGUGCAACAUGUGGAACAGACUUUGGAUCCAACUGUUGAGUUGAAUAAACUGCUCAAGGAAGGAAAAUUGGAGGAGGCCUUCCACAAAGCAUUAUCUGGUGAUCUGCAACUUGUUUCUUGGCUGUGCCUACAGCUUGAACCCAGUUCCCUUCUCUCAAGAGUGCCUCUACCUCUAAGCCAAGGAGUGUUGCUGUCUCUAGUGCGAAACUUGUCCUUUGAUCUGGUAAAGGACACAGGGAACAAGCUCCAGUGGAUCAAAGAAGCUGCACUUGCUCUGGAUCCCUAUGAUCCUCGCUUGGUUCCGCAUUUACGUGGAUACCUUGGACAAUGCUACCAGAAUUGCUAUCAAAUGAUAAGUACUACAAAGAAUCAAUCUGAACAGUCAACAUUAAAACUUAUCUCGCAUGUCAUCAACUCUUUGCUAAGUACGUGCAACUGACUGACGGGUUUUGGGAGAGUGACAAGGUUCUGAAGUUUCCUCAACCAUUGUGACUGCAAAUCUCAGAAGAACAGUCAGCACAGGCAACUUGGACCCUCGAAUUCUUCAAUUAAAUAUGGUCUGGUGUGUUGUUGAGGAUAGUUGACUAGAAAAUGCAAUUACAUACUUGCGUAAAAUGGAAAGGAACGUGUCGAAAACGCUCUGAAAAAGUUGUCAUAGAUAAGAGUUUUGUACGGCCCUAUUAGAACAUUUCAGAAUAGAGUAUAUGAAAGAACUUUGCACAGAUGCACAUGCCAUCUUGCUGUUAGAUUUUUCACCUCUUUAUUGUGCUAUGGAUUAAAUACAGUUCUUGUCCACUUACCACAGUGGCUUCGUUUUUUUC